AUGAUGCUCUCCAAGUCGGUAUUUUCGCGCAAGAUGUCCAUCAUCUCUGCGACCAAACGAGGUCCGCGCUUUAUCUCAUCUCCGUCGGUGCACACUAGUUUCCCGGCCACAAUGUAUCGAUUCCAACUCCGGCGUGAAUCAUCACUCUUCCACAACAAGAUUAAGAACGGUGGCUUUUUUCGAGACGGUGUAGAGAUUGCAGAUGAUGGUCUGGUUUACCUAAGACUCUCCAGUACUCAAAACUUUUCAAAUGGUCCGAUCUUCAGACCUAAUACCUGCUUGAUGCAAGAACUUCUUCGAAGCGACUAUGAUCUCUGUGAGGAACAAGCAGAAAUGAGUGGAGACAUUGUACAUCCAAUUGUGGUUUGUAUAAAAAAAGGCACAACAAUACCUACUUCCCUGCAACUGUUUCAAGAACGGAUAUCUAGAUUUUCACUUCAGCCAUCACAUCCAAUGACGUUGAGGGAUUUGAAUGACACUCUGUGUGAAUUUUACUCCAACCAUGCUUUGAUCACUGAUGCAGUGGAAUGGAUGGAGUGUAACGAGUUCCAUAACGCAUAUGCAGAUAACGCCACAGAGGAUUGGUUGCAAUAUUAG